GCGCCCGGCAGCACUCAGGCACGCACCCGCCGCGCGGCCACGCCACCGGCCAGCCUCCCCCUUCCUUUCCUGUUAUUCCAACUAAAUUUUCCCUCUCUAAAUUCCACUUUAAACGCGCUUUACCGCGUACCACCUCCACGCGGACGACCGGAGGACGACUGAAGGACGGCCGGGUGUCGAGUGCUCCGAGUCCUGCGAGCCUUCCGCUCGGUCUCGGCCCUCAACUUUCCGUCUACACUUUUCCAGCGGCCGGUGACGUCAGCUGCGUCACGUCCCUGAUAUUUGACCUGGCUCUCUGAUUGGCUGCUCAACGGUGGAGUGGGCGGAGCCAAGAGAUGGCAGGUGCAUCGGUAAAGGUGGCAGUGCGAGUCCGCCCAUUCAACUCCAGAGAGACAGGCCGCAAUGCCAAGUGUGUCAUACAGAUGCAGGGGAACACUACCUGCAUCAUCAAUCCCAAACAGGCCAAAGAUGCAGCCAAGAACUUCACCUUUGACCACUCCUACUGGUCCCACACAACGGCGGACGACCCCACCUUUGCAGGCCAGCGUCAGGUGUACCAAGAUAUUGGCGAGGAGAUGCUGCUGCACGCCUUCGAAGGUUACAACGUGUGUAUUUUCGCUUACGGCCAGACGGGGGGCGGAAAGAGCUACACCAUGAUGGGCAAGCAGGAGGCGGGGCAGGAAGGCAUCAUUCCACAGCUGUGUGAGGACUUGUUCCAGAGGACUGGGUCCAAUGUGGAUCCGGACCUGACCUAUUCCGUGGAGGUGUCCUACAUGGAGAUCUACUGUGAGCGGGUCCGGGAUCUGUUGAACCCGAAGUCCCAGGGGACUCUGCGUGUGCGGGAGCAUCCUAUACUGGGGCCAUAUGUCGAGGACUUGUCCAAACUAGCUGUGACUGGAUUCAGUGAUAUCCGUGACCUGAUGGAUGCUGGGAACAAAGCCCGGACUGUCGCGGCCACAAACAUGAAUGAAACGUCAUCCCGAUCCCAUGCCGUCUUUACCAUUGUCUUCAGCCAGCGGCGCAGAGAUCACAUGACCCAACUGGACACAGAGAAGGUCAGUAAAAUCAGUCUAGUGGACCUGGCAGGAAGUGAACGCGCCGACUCAUCAGGGGCGAAAGGCACACGGUUAAAGGAAGGAGCAAACAUCAACAAAUCUCUGACCACAUUGGGAAAGGUCAUUUCCGCCCUGGCUGACAUGCAAAGCAGCAAAAAGAGAAAAAGUGACUUCAUUCCCUACAGAGACUCUGUUCUGACCUGGCUUCUCAAGGAGAACCUGGGGGGGAACUCUCGCACAGCCAUGAUUGCUGCUCUCAGUCCUGCUGACAUCAACUAUGAAGAAACUCUCAGCACCUUGAGGUAUGCUGAUCGAGCCAAACAGAUCCGUUGUAACGCCAUCAUCAAUGAAGACCCCAAUGCAAAACUGAUCCGAGAACUGAAAGGAGAAGUGGAGCGACUCCGGAACCUUCUCUUUGCUCAGGGUCUACACGAGCUAAUUCACAACCACGCCAACAACAAUGGCUCCUCCCCUGAGGGCGUGUCCUCGCCACUGACUAUCACAGCUAAUGGGAUCGCUGAUCAGAAAGACUCCGCCUCUUCAGAUGAGUCAGUAGCUGUCAAUCAUCUUCCUGCUGGAGAGGAAGCCGUUGCCACGGAGCCCAUCAGUAAAGAGGAGGCAGCCGAGAGGCUGCUGGAGACAGAGAAGAUCAUGGCCGAGCUCAAUGAAACUUGGGAGGAAAAGUUACGGAAGACGGAAUCCAUUCGUUUGGAGAGGGAGGCGCUCUUGGCGGAGAUGGGCGUGUCUAUUAAAGAAGAUGGAGGGACUCUGGGUGUCUUCUCUCCUAAAGGAACACCUCAUCUGGUUAACCUGAAUGAGGACCCUCUCAUGUCUGAGUGUCUCCUGUACUACAUCAAGGAAGGAUUCACUAGGGUGGGACAGCUGGAUGUGGACAUCAAGCUAUCUGGUCACUUCAUCAAGGAGAUCCACUGCGUGUUUGUGAGUGAAACAAAUGAGCAAGGAGAAGUGGUGGUCACUCUGGAACCGCUGGUGGGGGCGGAGACUUACGUCAACGGGAAGCAGAUCACUGAGGCGGUCAUCCUCAAACAAGGGAACCGCAUUGUUAUGGGGAAGAAUCAUGUCUUCCGCUUCAACCACCCGGAGCAGGCGCGGCUAGAGCGGGAGCGCAGCGCCACAGUGGACCAGCAGGGGGAGCCUGAGGACUGGAACUACGCUCAGAAAGAGCUGCUGGAGAAACAAGGCAUUGACAUCAAAUUAGAGAUGGAGAAGAGGCUUCAGGACAUGGAGACUCAGUACCGCAGGGAGAAGGAGGAGGCUGACCUGCUGCUUGAGCAGCAAAGACUGUAUGCAGACAGUGACAGCGGAGAUGAUUCUGACAAACGUUCCUGUGAGGAAAGCUGGAGACUCAUUUCCUCCCUCAGAGAGAAACUACCUGCCAACAAGGUGCAGUCCAUCGUGAAGCGCUGUGGUCUUCCGAGUAGCGGGAAGAGAAGGGAGCCUCAGAGAGUUUAUCAGAUUCCUCAGAGGAGGCGGAUCAGCAAAGACCCAAAACGUGUCACCAUGGAGGAUCUUCGCUUGCAGGCCGUCAAAGAGAUUUGUUACGAGGUGGCACUGGGAGACUUCCGUCAUUCCCGCCAGGAGAUCGAGGCACUGUCCAUUGUCAAGAUGAAGGAGCUGUGUCGCAUGUAUGCCAAGAAGGACGCCAAUGAGAAGGACAGCUGGAAAGCAGUGGCCCAGGAUGUGUGUGACACCGUCGGCAUUGGUGAAGAGAGGAGCCCCCCCCCAGAAGAGGGGGGAGGAGGAGGAGGAGGAGGAGGAGGAGAGGCAGGAGAAGGAGGAAAAGCAAAGGUGUAUGACCUGAAGGCUCAUAUUGACAAGCUGACAGACAUUUUGGAGGAAGUGAAGCUGCAGAACAACAUGAAGGAUGAGGAGAUCAAAGCGCUGCGUGACAGAAUGAUCAAGAUGGAGAGCGUCAUACCUGUCCAAGAUGAUGAUGUGGAAAACGAGGAAGGAGGAGAGGCUCCUCACAGGGACCAGGAUGCUGACUUGCCAGAGACCAGGGUGCAACGUCUGAUGGACGAAGAUCCAGCAUUCAGGAGAGGGCGCCUCCGCUGGCUGAAACAAGAACAGCAGAGAAUUCAAAACCUGCAGCAGCAGAACAUUAGCAAGAAACUGCGAGGCCUCAAUCAGAACCAGAACCAAGGUCAAACACCCCCCACCGUGCCCGUGCACCUCCCAGGGACUGGACGCUUCAUCCCUCCACAGGAGUGCAAGCUCAAGUUCCCUUUCAAGAGUAACCCUGCCCACCGGUUGUCUUGGGGACCAGCCAACGCUGCCCUGCAGGCUCUGGGUCUGGGGGAGAGGGCGGGAACAGAAGGAGUGGAGGAAGAGAAGAGUUCCAAGUCUCCACCUCCUCCGCCUCUAUUGCCCCACCCUUUCCAGGCCCCGCCCCCACGCAUUCGAACCCCCAGUCCAAAUCGUGUCUGGCAACAGCGUAACCAAAGCAACCAGGGGGGAGCCCACCAACAGCGCCGUUAUCGCCGAAACUCAUUCGACAGCUCUACCCCCGGCAACUUUAACCACAGCAAUGACCAGCAUCACAGGGGCGGUGGUCAUCAAGGAAGACCCAGCCAGAGGAGAGGGGUGUCGCCCGGACCGGGGGGUGAGAGGGGAGGCGGAAGGGACAGGGAAGCAGGCUUCUAUUUCAACCACCAACAUCCUCACCUUCAUCAUCCAUACUACAACUCCCACAAUGCACCAUUCCAGCCUGCCCCCUUCCCAAACUACCACAGUUUGCCUCGCCUUCCCGGCCCACCCCCUCCUGCUGAAAUCAUCCUGGGCCUGGGCCCGCCUUUGAGUGGGUGGGGCUUCACCACUCCGCCUCCGCGCAUGAGACGACAGUUCAGUGAGCCUGACCUCAAAAACCAGGAAGCCCCCACUGACCUCUGACACUGAGCCUCACCACACAGAAGAUUCAGUUCUACAUGCUGUACACUGUGUGUGUGUGUGUGUGUGUGUGCGCGUGUGUGUGUAUGUGUGCGUGUGUGUGUGUAUGUGUGCGUACGUGCGCUUGUGUGAGAGAGCGAGAGCUUCAGCAUGUCUUAUGUUACCAGGGAAAACAGGUAAUGUGUUUUGAUUGUGAUCAUGUGAUCAUUUUAGCUCCUGAGGCUCACUGCUGUUAGCUUGUUUUGGAGCCCAGGAGGCUAACUCGUCUGCUGUGUUAGCACAACCCAUCACACAAACUCCGGUUAUCUCAGCAGUCAAUUGGAUGUGUCAAAGUUGUAACAGUGUGUACACACGCAUACACAGUAUUAUUAUGAAGACAAAGGAUGGCUUCUUUUUGGCGCUAGCAAGUUACUUGUCUGAAAGGUGGAGGAAAACAAAAGACAAAUAUUGUUUGAAGCUCCAAACCAAAGACGUGUGUUUGGAUUUCAGCAUUGUGAUGAUGUGAGGAAGGAUGAAGAACGUCAUGACGAUUGGAAAGUUGACAACUGUCCCAGUUGUCCUGCAAGCUAAUGGACUCGUGUUUGGGACUUUUGGGAGCCGAAAGUGUUGAGUGUCUUAUAUUAAGUGUCAGUCCAUCCGGGACAAUCUACAAGCUGCUGGUCGCCACCACCGAGCACGAUGGGAAACGACCAUGAUGUCUUUAGUGCAACCGACUUACUGAAGAAGCAUUCUAACCUCACCCUCACUUUAUGUGUCAUUAGUUUGGGGGCGAAAUUGGGGCUUGUGUUUUUGUGUCUGUGUGCCGAUAAUUAAGAAUCAUAUGGUGAAGUUUGAGUUCAGAGGUUCAUAGUCUCUGACAUUUAUUUUGAAGUCUUGGAACACCCCUCCCAAAAAUCCAGGAAAUGAACCCAAAUAAACACUACAUUUUCUUGGACUUUGA